UGCUAAGCCGAUAGUGCCAUCAUUGGCACAACAGCUUAAACUCACAAAAAAAACCAAAAUUUUCAGCGACCAAGGACGAGUUGCGAGGAGCCAGAGCCAGCAGAUCCCACAGCAGCAACAUGGGUGUUCCGAAGUUCUUUCGCUAUAUCAGCGAGCGUUAUCCGUGCCUCAGCGAGUUGGCGCGGGAGCACAGCAUCCCCGAGUUCGACAACCUGUACCUGGACAUGAACGGCAUCAUUCACAACUGCUCGCAUCCCGACGACAACAACAUCCACUUCCACCUGGAGGAGCACCAGAUAUUCCAGGACAUCUUCAACUACGUGGACAAGCUGUUCUACCUGAUCAAGCCGCAGCGACUCUUCUUCCUGGCUGUCGACGGGGUGGCUCCGCGCGCCAAGAUGAACCAGCAGCGCAGCCGGCGUUUCCGGUCCGCCCGCGAAGCGGAGCAGCUGGAGGCCAAGGCGGCGCAGCGAGGCGAGCGGCGGGAGCACGAGCGCUUCGACAGCAACUGCAUCACGCCGGGCACCGAGUUCAUGGUACGGCUGCAGGAGGGUCUGCGCGCCUUCCUUAAGACGAAGAUCUCCACGGAUCCGCUGUGGCAGCGGUGCAGCGUGAUCCUCAGUGGCCAGGAGACGCCCGGCGAGGGCGAGCAUAAGAUCAUGGACUACAUACGCUACAUGAAGGCGCAGCCGGACUUCGAUCCCAACACGCGACACUGCCUGUACGGACUGGACGCCGACCUGAUCAUCCUGGGACUGUGCACCCACGAACUACACUUCGUGGUGCUGCGCGAGGAGGUCAAGUUCGGGCGGAACGUGAAGCGGGCCUCCGUGGAGGAGACGCGCUUCUUCCUGCUGCACUUGGGCCUGCUGCGGGAGUACUUGGAGCUGGAGUUCGACGCCCUGAGCACCCCCGAGCAAAGGCUGGACGUGGCCCAGCUCAUUGACGACUGGGUGCUGAUGGGCUUCAUGGUCGGCAACGACUUCAUACCCCAUCUGCCGUGCCUCCACAUCUCCUCCAACGCGCUGCCCUUGCUCUACCGCACAUACAUCAGCAUUUACCCGUCCCUCGGCGGCAACAUCAACGAAAAUGGCAAGCUCAACCUGCGUCGCUUGCAGAUCUUCCUGUCGGCCCUUACCGAGGUGGAGCUCGAUCAGUUCAAGGAGCAUGCCGAUGACCUCAAGUACAUGAACGCCAAGACGGAGGCAUUUGACAUCGAUGUCGCCGAGAUCACCGCCAACGAGAGCUACGAUUCGGACCUAGGUGCCCUUAUCGAUCAAAGCAUGAAGCUUUACGAGAACGACAGCGAGGAGGACUGGAGCGACGAGGCGGCGGGUCUGAUGAGCGAGUUUCAGAACUACAAGCGCAACUUUUACCGCAACAAGUUCAAAAGUGAGGCGCCGGGCCAACUGAUCGAGGAGCUGGGCCACCACUACGUGAACGCGGUGCAGUGGGUCCUCGACUACUACUACCGUGGCGUCCAGUCCUGGGACUGGUACUACCCCUUCCACUAUGCGCCGUUCAUCAGUGACCUCAAGAAUAUCGAGCGGGUCCAGAUUAACUUCCAGAUGGGGACGCCUUUUCUACCAUUCCAGCAGCUUUUAGCGGUGCUGCCGGCGGCCAGUUGCAAGCUGCUGCCAGCCGCCUACCACGACCUCAUGCUGCUGCCGAGCAGCCCGCUGGCCGAGUUCUAUCCGCUGGAGUUCGAGAGCGACCUCAACGGCAAGAAGCACGACUGGGAGGCGGUGGUGCUGAUACCCUUCAUCGACGAACGGCGGCUGCUCAGCGCGAUGGUUCCGUGUGAGGCGCAGCUCACGGCCUCGGAGCGGAAACGGAACCGCCACGGGCCGAUGUACCUGUACAACCACACUCCAGACUCGCAGGGACCGAUGACCGCGCAACCGCCUCUGCGGGCACUGCCGAGCCUCUACUGCACGGAGGUGGCCAAGUGGUCACGAGACAUCGCUCUUAAUCUGCCGCACAGCGUGUGCGUGGAGCUGCCCAAUGCGGCGCGGCACGUCUUCUUCCCGGGCUUCCCCACUAUGCAGCACCUGCCCUUCGACUUUGAGCUACGGCAUGACCGCGUCAAGGUCUUCGAACAGGUGAGCCGCAACCAGAACAUGGUACUGAUGCCGCGCAAACGACCACUGGAGGACACCCUGGACGCGGUGGCCGGGCAAUAUCUGGAGCAGGUGGUGCACAUCGGUUGGCCGCAUCUCAUCAAGGCGAAGGUGGUGCGCGUGGCCACACGAGAACAGCGGGUCGACGAGGAGGGAAUCUCGCAAAACGACUCGCGUCGCUUCGAUUCGGAGUGCAAGUCGCUGCAGGAACACUUCACCACGCGCAUGGGAAUCAAGUUUGCCAACUACGACGUACUCGUUUACGUGCGCACGUUCGCCGGCAGCUCGAUAGAGUUCGGCUCCAAAGGGGCACUGAUGAUGCGGGACGCGUGGAGCAGCGCUGUCACCAGCUAUCCCGCCCAGGGUGUGCUGGCCGAACUGACCGUAAAGGAGAACAUACGCAAGCAGUUUCGCAAGGUGGAGGAGUUCUUCCCCGUCGGCAGCUCGAUCUUCUUUAUCGGCUACCCGUAUUUCGGCAGCGCGGGAACUGUGCUGGACCCAUUGCUGGCCUACAGCCACGGCCGUAUACAGGUCAACAUCCGCGUCCGCCCGGAACCGGACGUGAAGGCGGCACGCGCGUUCCAAGAAGAGCGUGACAAGGACCUGUUGAACACCUACGAUGUCUGCCAUAUCUUGAACAUCAAUGGGCGGGCGCUGGGCCGGCUCACCGGCACCGUGUGGGUGGUCCUCGGACCCCGACGGAAGAAGAUGGAGAACGUGGCCAAGCACAACAUUGGCCUGCAGCUCAAGUUUCCGCGCCAAAACGAGGAGCGAGCGGGCUACUGUUGCCGCAAUGGCAACCACUGGUUCUACUCCAGCAUGGCCCUGGAGCUAAUGCGGAAUUAUUGCGAGCGUUUCCCAGAUGUGGUGGACUUUUUUGGCGUCAGCAGCGAUCGGGGCGAGUACGUGUUCGAGGAGGAUGUGUUCCCGGACUCAGUUGGUCAGCACAAAGUUGAGGACCUGGCAAACUGGGUGCGCCAGCAGCCGCACAUGAAGGUGGAGCGCAUCUCGUGCGGCUCCAAGACAGUCUGCCGCGAAACUGUGGAGCUUUUGAUGGACGCCGUCGACGACUUGCGCUUACUGCCCGAGAAGGACGUUAAGCUGCAGGUGAAGCCGCACCUGCUCAUCAAGCCCAAUGUCACGCUGCCAGAAGCAUACCGGUCGCGUCGGCCGGUGCGACUCUUCGACCGCGUCAUUAUCGUCCGCACCAUUUACAUGGUACCAGUGGGCAUCAAGGGCACUGUGAUUGGCAUUCACCCCGUCACCGAUCCCAACCCGGUCCGAUUGGAAUGCGUGCAUGCCGUCGACACCUUCUGUGAGGUGCUGUUCGACAAGCCCGUGCCAAACUGCAACGAUAUUCACGGCAUCGCUCAGGAUCGAGUUUACAAGGUGCCGGAAAACGCUAUGGUGGUCAUCUUCACGAGUGACCAAGGACAGAAGGACAAAAGCGCGCAGUCGGCGCAGGCACCGCAGCAGAGCAGGACGCAGGCCGAAAACGACCGCAUGAACAUUCGAGAGCCCCAACAGGCGAGCACCAGUCGCUACGUGACCGCAGCAGGGACGGACUGGCUCCCGAUCACGAUGAAGACCCAGAUAGCCGAGGACUUCGUCAAGACGCGUGGCGAUUCUAGGACCAAAUCGGAUCGCUUCAAGCCGGUACAGCCGCAGCCGAUACCGGAACAGACUGACAACUGGCGGCAGCGAACCAGUGCUCCACCGCCCAAGCCCGCGCCAGACAAUUGGCGACAGAACCCCUCGCGGCAGCAAGGCGGUAGUUCGUCCGUUGCUCCGUCUAAAACUGCACCGACUGCUGCGCCGGCCACGUCCAAAGCUCCAGCAACAGCGAAUCCGCAGGCUCAGACCCUGGCGCUCAUGUCGUUGCUGGGCUUAAAGAAAGACCAGGACGCUCCGCAACCUCCACCCCAACUGCCGCAAGCUCCAGUUCCCGGCCAAAUGCCUGUGACUUCUUCCAGCGGAGAUAUGAUUUUCGCACAGAAUGCUGCUACCCAGUUUUCUUUACAGAAUCUUCCCAAGCCACCGCUUUUCUGGCAGCAGGAGGCCCAGAAGGAACAGCAGGCCCAGAAGGAACAGCAGGCCCAGAAGCUACAGCAGGCCCGCAAGCAACAGCAGGCUCAGGCACUGGAGCAAGCGCAGGAAACCACACGCAUUAAGAGUGCUGAGUGGUACAGAAGUGCAUCGACGGAAGCGGAGGCGGACCAGCAACCCAUAGCUGCCCCCCAAAUGAGAAAGCAACUUCCUCAGUACCAGCAACCGCCUCUGUUCCUGCAACAGCAACAGCAGAUGCAUGUGCAGCUCUCGAACGUGGCUAACUCCGGCUACAACAACGGAAAUCAGUCGCGUCCCAACAACAACACAGCUGCGCAAAGUGCCUUUAACAACAACGUGCGCAUGCAACAGCAGCAGCAGCAACUAUACCAGCAGUAUCAGCAACAAUAUCAACCGCCAGUCCAACAGCUGAAGGAGAUUAACAAUGUGGCACCUCGUUACUCGUCCAUACAAGAUUUUGUACCUAUUCAGGCGUAUCGUCCUAAGAAAACGAAGCGUGUCGGUCGCCAGGAUCCAGAAGCGAAAUCGUUGGAGGACUCCAUUGACACCAACUCUCGAUCUAGUCAGUCGGAUAAAUCGAUGAAUGAUCAGACUGUUGAGCUGAUGCAAACGCUCAAUAUUCAGCCAUCUACAUCACAGUCCGAACGUGCUUCCGCACCAGCAGCCGGCACGGAUGAAGCCGUACCAUCAUCUUCAACCCAGGCGAACAAGCCAAGGAAACAGCGAACUCCCCGAAUUGGCGCCAAGUUUGAUUUGGAUUAUAUUAUGCAUUGAGAAAAUAAUACAAUACAGACGUUGCUCCGAAUGAAUUGAUCUAUUCUAAACCCCAAAUACAUGAAAUUCGACGAUUACGUAGACUUAAUUUUAAAACCCACCUAGAUAUAUUCGCUAAGAAUGAUUUAGACGUAACCUUAUUUUUUUCUUUUCCUAGUCUGAAUCCUGAAAUGAGACUGACUCAUCCUUUUAUUUUCUUGUAAUAAACUCUAUUUUUUCCCUUAUA